CACGGUAACAUCUCGCUCGUCUCCUCCGAACCAAAAGACCCCUCCGUAGUCUUUUUCCGCUUGUGAAAAUCUACGCUUCGUCUUGCGGAACAGUAGAGAUCUGAUCUUGUCUUGAUCGGCCAUGGAAGAGAAGAAGGCAGAAUCGGCUAACAAGAACCCUAAGAAGACCAACCUGUUGGACCACCACUCCAUCAAGCACAUCCUCGACGAAUCCGUCUCCGAUAUCGUCACGAGCCGUGGGUACAAGGAGGAUGUUAGGUUGAGCAAUGUCAAGCUGCUUUUAGGGACGAUAAUCAUCGUGGUUGCGCUUGUUGCUCAGUUUUACAAGAAGAAGUUCCCGGAGAAUAGGGACUUUUUGAUCGGUUGCAUCAUAUUGUAUGUGGCGCUGAAUGCUGUGCUGCAGUUGAUUCUGUACACAAAGGAGAAGAAUGCAAUAUUGUUCACAUACCCUCUUGAGGGAUCAUUCACCAGCACUGGUUUGGUGGUCUCUUCCAAGUUGCCCAGAUUCUCCGAUCAGUACACUCUCUCCAUCACGAGUUCUGAUCCCAACUCCAUUUCCGCCGGGAACCCAGUUCAGUUCACCAAAAGCGUCACCCGGUGGUUCACGAAAGACGGAGUUCUGGUCGAGGGAUUGUUCUGGAAGGACGUCGAGGCAUUGAUCCAUGAGUACGCAGGCGAACCCAAGAAGAAGAAAUGAUCUUGAUCUUUCAGAGGAGUGCCUUACUAUUUGCUUGCGCUUUUUUUAGACCAUACAUAGAGAGAUAUUCCCCCCAUUGGAAUUUUUUGGUUCACAUGACUACAGUUUUCAAAGAUUGAUAGAAUUCUUGUUUUUUUAAUUAUCUCCAAAAAUUAGAAUUCGAAUUCAA